GCUUUUCGUAGCCUCCUGAAAAAAUUUGGAUUUUGACUCAAACUCCUUGUGCUUUCUACCAAAAUUUUCUUUGCAAACUUGGGAUGUCAUUCCAUACCUUAGAGCGAGAGAAGACAUUCAAAUGUCCGCCUACGGACGGAACUAGCUUCCCAGAUUUGCAAUUUGCAACGAAGCCUCAUGUCCAGUCUUUUAAUGCAUUAACGGACGCUGGAUUACUAAAUCUGGCGGUCAAGGAAAUUGGCGAAAAAACGAUUUUUGACUCAAUUACCCAGGAAAAUGGCUAUCUCAAGUUUGGAAACAAGCUCUCUUUUCGUGUGGACGAGGUUCAAAUCGCUAAACCCAUGCUGUCAAGUAGAGAGCGUACUUCUAUCAAUCGUAAAGUAUAUCCCGCUGAAGCAAGAGAACGCUUGACAUCUUAUAAAUCGCGCCUUGUUUUGAAGUUAUCUUGGUCAGUCAACAAUGGUCCACGACAAACAGAGAUGCGAGAGGUGGGCAUGUUGCCUAUUAUGGUCCGCUCCAACCGUUGCCAUUUAGAGGGAAUGUCUCCCGCUGAAUUGAUUGCUCACAAAGAAGAAAGUGAAGAAAUGGGAGGUUAUUUUAUAGUAAACGGAAUCGAAAAGCUUAUUCGUAUGUUGAUUCUUCCUAAGCGUAACCAUCCUACCGCUCUUAUUCGCCCAUCAUUUGCCAACCGUGGUAACAGUUAUAGUCAAUAUGGUCUUGCUAUUCGUUGCGUUCGAGCUGAUGAAUCUAGUUUGACAAACACUCUUCAUUAUCUCAAUAAUGGUGUAACUAUGUUCCGUUUCCACUGGCGCAAAAACGAAUAUUUGAUUCCCUCCAUGAUGAUUCUUAAAGCUUUGGUGGAGACUAGCGAUAAGGAGAUUUUUGAAGGUAUUGUGGGCAAUGAUUUGGGAAAUACUUUCUUAACUGAUCGUGUGGAACUCAUGCUUCGCGCCUAUAAAUCAUACGGCCUUUAUACACAAACUGAGACUCUUCAGUAUCUCGGUAGCAAAUUCCGCGUUGUCCUUGGCGUUGCUGAAGAUUUGACAGACGUUGAGGUCGGUCACUUCCUCAUCAAAAAGGUGGUAUUGGUUCACUUGUCUGAACCAAGAGAUAAGUUUAGAAUGCUGUUAUUCAUGAUUCGUAAAUUAUACGCUUUGGUUGCAGGUGAAUGUUGCGCUGAUAACCCAGAUUCUCCUCAGCAUCAAGAGAUCCUCCUUGGUGGUUUCUUGUAUGGUCAGAUCUUAAAAGAAAAGAUUGAGGAUUGGUUAAACAGUAUUCGCUUUCAGAUUAAUAUGGAUAUUCGUCGUAACGUACCUGGCAUUGAUUUUUCUGAUCGCAAAUAUUUAACUAAAGUCUUUUCCAAGAUCAACAAUGAUAUUGGCUCAAAGCUUCAAUAUUUUUUGAGUACAGGUAAUUUAAUAUCCAACACUGGUCUUGAUUUGCAACAGGCUACAGGUUAUACUGUUGUCGCAGAAAAGCUGAAUUUUUACCGUUUCCUUUCACAUUUCAGAAUGGUUCACCGUGGUGCUUUCUUUGCUGAACUUAAGACGACUACCGUUCGUAAAUUACUGCCUGAAGCUUGGGGGUUUAUGUGUCCUGUACACACCCCAGAUGGCGCCCCUUGUGGUUUGCUCAAUCACUUGGCUAGGAAAUGUGAUGUUAUCACCCAUACUUCAGAUGUGAGUUCAAUUCCUUCACUGUUAUUGUCAUUAGGUGUGGACCCUCCCAGUACAAUGGUUCAUGAACCCGACUGGGUAAGUGUUCAGUUAGAUGGCAAAAUAGUUGGCUGGUGUACACACAGAUUAGCUGCACAUGUUGCUAGUGUUUUGAGGAACUUGAAAAUUCAAUAUGCUGCCGUUGAACGUAAUGGAACUUCGACUGAAAAACCUAAGGUACCUUUAGAUUUGGAAAUUGGCUUGGUUCCUCCUUCUCACGGUGGACAAUUUCCUGGUCUGUACUUGUUUAGUAAUACCGCUCGUAUGAUUCGUCCAGUCAAACACAUUGAAAGUGGUGAAUUAGAUAUGGUAGGUCCAUUUGAACAAGUGUAUAUGGACAUCGCCUGUUUUCCAAAAGAAAUUAUUCCAAAAAUCUCAACUCACGUUGAGUACUCUCCUACCAAUGUUCUUUCAAUCGUUGCAAACAUGACUCCGUUUUCUGACUUCAAUCAAUCUCCUCGUAACAUGUAUCAAUGUCAAAUGGGUAAACAGACCAUGGGCACACCCGGAACUGCCUUACGCUAUCGUACGGAUAAUAAGCUUUAUCGCUUGCAAACUGGACAAACACCAGUCGUUCGCCCCAAGUUGCACAACACAUACGGAAUGGAUCACUUCCCUAACGGUACUAAUGCAAUCGUUGCUGUCAUUUCUUAUACUGGUUAUGAUAUGGAAGACGCAAUGAUUUUAAACAAGUCAGCUCAUGAGCGCGGUUUUGGUUAUGGUACCGUUUAUAAAGGAGAAUCCAUCGACUUGGGUCAAAAGCGUAGACGAGGUGAGCCUGUUGUGCACCACUUCGGAUUUGCUCCUGGUUCUAGUCCUCGUCGUGAAUGGUUGCAAAAAGUUGACGCCGAUGGUCUCCCAUAUGUCGGCACAAUGCUUGAAGAUGGUGAUCCUAUGGUCGCUUAUUACGAUGAGUCUUCCGGCCAAAACUUUGUAGAAAAUUACCAUGGUACUGAGCCUGGUUUCGUAGAUGAAGUCCGUCUUAUUGGCAAUGAUGUUGGUGAUUCUGAAUGCCAGCAAAUACACAUUAAGUUCCGUAUCACCCGUAGUCCUAUUAUUGGUGACAAGUUCUCUUCCAGACAUGGUCAGAAGGGUAUUUGCUCUCAGAAAUGGCCUGCUGUCGAUAUGCCUUUUACUGAAAGUGGUAUGCAGCCUGAUAUCAUUAUUAAUCCUCAUGCUUUCCCAUCCCGUAUGACAAUUGGUAUGUUUGUUGAGAGUUUGGCUGGCAAAGCUGGUGCUUGUCAAGGUCUUGCUCAAGAUAGUACACCAUUUAUCUUCUCUGAACAACAAAAGGCUUCAGACUAUUUUGGUGAACAGUUGAUAAAAUCUGGUUAUAACUAUCACGGAAAUGAGCCCAUGUACAGUGGCAUUACCGGAAAAGAGAUGGUCGCUGAUAUCUAUAUUGGUGUUGUCUAUUACCAACGUCUUCGUCACAUGGUUAACGACAAAUUCCAAGUUCGUACUACCGGACCUAUCCAUAAUCUUACACGACAGCCUGUUAAAGGUCGUAAGCGCGCUGGUGGUAUCCGUUUCGGUGAAAUGGAACGUGAUGCUGUUAUUGGUCACGGAACAUCUUUCCUGAUGCAGGAUCGGUUGAUGAACUGUUCAGACUAUGCUCAGACUUGGGUUUGUCGUGACUGUGGCUCGAUCAUAUCUCCUAUGUCUACUAUUUCUAUGAGUGGCAGUGGAGCCUCAUCCGAAGUUAAAUGUCGCGCUUGCGCUAAACCAGCAACUGGUUUAGAGGAUGCUAACAUAACAUGGGAAGAUGGCACAGGACACAAAUUUGUUGGGGGAGGUAAUACUACACUUAUUGCACUUCCCAGUGUGUUCAAUUAUCUUACCGCUGAACUUGCAGCUAUGAACAUAAAGAUGAUGUUAGACGUGAAGUAAAAAACUUUGCUUUAGCAACUGCUAAAGUUAGAACAAAAAGGAUAACGGAUUAAGUGGGUUAAAGGUAUGCACAAUUAUGAGACGUCAAGGAUAGUAUUCACGUCUAAUGUGUGCAACUAUCAAUGUGCUUUUUUAUAUGUUAAUAACUUGGGCACUUAUGCUUAACAAAUUUAGGUGGGAUUUAAUAAUAAUUUUUGGACCUUUGAUAGUUUUGAAGGUAGACACAUAA